CUCGGUGAGCUGCUGUAUUUGUGCUGCAGUGAGUGUGUGAGUCGCCGGUCUGGUCUGAGGCACCAGCAACGCUGACAUGGUGAACGGGAAACACACCAGCUCUAGCUCCAGCACCAGGUCCAGGUCCAGGUCCUCACCUCUCACCGCUGUGCUUUGAACUCUCCAGAACCCACAUUGUGAGCAACUUGGUUCCAUUUUGAUCAGCUGCAAGCAUCAGGAUCAAAAUGGUGUGGAUGCACCAACACACCUUCUCCCUUUUAUUAACUGUGCACGUCAUUUAUUUAACUCUGAUUCCUGUGAGUGCCGAGGAGGAGACCAGAGAAUGCAGAGAGCAGGAGUACAAGGACCGUUUUGGGAACUGUAAACCCUGCAAGCAGUGUGAUGCAGGACAGGAGCUUUCAAAGGAAUGUGGCUUUGGUUAUGGAGAGGAUGCCCGGUGUGUGCCCUGCCGGAGCAGUCGCUUCAAAGAGGACCGGAGCCUGCAGAAGUGCAAGCCCUGCUUGGACUGUGCUCUCAUCAACCGCUUCCAGAAGGGCAACUGCUCCACCACCAGCAAUGCUGUGUGUGGCGACUGUCUGCCGGGAUAUUACAGAAAGACCAAAUUAAGUGGUUUCCAAGACAUGGAGUGUAUACCCUGUGGGGACCCUCCGCCUCCUUAUGAGCCUCACUGCAGCGGACGUGUGAACCUGGUGCCGCUGCCCGUGGUGGUGACCAGCCCACGGGACAUGGCCCUGGCUGCGGUCAUCUGCAGCGCUCUGGCCACUGUGCUGCUGGCCCUGCUGGUGCUGUGUGUCAUCUACUGCAAGAGACAGCUGCUGGAGAAGAAGCCCAGUGCAGCGUCUCUGAGGUCCCAGGACUGUCCAUACAGUGGGGCAGAGCUGUCCUGCCUGGACCCUCGCUGGUUACACGACUUUCCCCAGAGACCCUGCUGCCAGUGUCACCUUGGCCCCGGACACACAAAUGGUCCGGUCCACCUGAUCCCAUCACUGUGCUGUGAUGAGAGGUGCAGUCUAAACCGUUGCCAGGACAACAGUCCCUUCCAUUCCCAGAUGAGUCUCAGUGACGGAAACCUGGAUGAGGAAGACACCCAGGUGCAGCAUGGAGGACAAUUGGAGUUUGACAGCAUAGCAGUUGGUGGGACAACAGCGAGCUCAGAGCCUGCAGAGUGCUUGGCAAUGCCUCAGUGUGACACAGGAUCUACAGGGAGACCAGAGGUGGAAGAGGAUGGUGAGGGAGGCGAGGAAGAGGACGGGUGCAGGUCAGAGGAGAACUCACCUGAGAGGACCAGACAGAGCUUCAGUGAAGCUAUGACAGAUGCACUUCUUCAGAAACAACAGCACCCAUCAACUCAGUUAGGAUGACAUGGACUUCUUUGGCUCCUGUUCCACCCUUGAACCAGCCUGGACUUAACAACAGCCGCAUCCAGAUCCUGUUUCAGAUAUCACAUGCACGCACGCACGCACACACAUACACACACACACACAGAAUGUGAACUCACAUGCCCCAGAAGGUGAAACUGAAUGAAGUUGAAACAUCGAGGAGUAUUGACUAACAUGGAGUAUAGUGAAACAAAAAAAAAGAGAAGAGCCUUGGCUCCGUCUGAAAUCUUCACAUGUAGGAGGACAAACUGUAACCACUGAUCAGCUGAUCGACAGCUGGUUUUAUGAAGCUUUUGUAUGUAACAGUUGUGAAAUUUGAGGUGUGAAGAAAAGUGAUUAUGUUGCACAUUGAAGACAAUCUUAAUAACACAGAGCAAGUUACGAUGAGGAAUGUUAAAUAUGUUGUAGAUACUGUACAAUAGUAAAUAGGUCAAUAUUUUUGUAACAUAGACUUGACUGACGAUAUGUUUGCUUUCAUUUCCCAGUUAUAGUGUUGAUGUUCGUAAACAUGUUUUUGUAAAUAAACUUGAACUUGUUUACAUAUGGA